AACUAUGUUUUUGUGCGUAUUGAUUUUUAAUCAUCAGAGUUGAAUAGAUCUUUCUUUGUGAAAAUCAAUUAGUGAAAAAAUAAAUUUACAAAACUAAUGGGUGCUGCAUUCUUUCCUGUGUUGUUCUUCACCGCGUUUUGGGCAUGUGUUGGCAUUGGUGUUCCAAUGAUGACUCCAAAAGGACCACAUCAAAGUCUCUUCCGUUGCAUUAUGAUGUUAACUGCAGCAACUUGCUGGCUUUUCUGGUUAUGCUGUUAUAUGGCACAAAUGAAUCCUCUACUUGGGCCAAAAUUAAGCCAAAAUGCGAUUUAUAUGAUUGCGAAGGAGUGGGGCAAUGAACUGAGGGAUGGAUAGAGAGGAAAUAAAAUAUGAAUGAGUUUUGAAGAAUCCCGAAACUGUUGUCGUGCUGGGGAAAAUCUUUGAUUGGAGUGAGACGAAGUGUGCAAACUAUUUAUGCAAAAAUGUUUAAUUCAUUUAAAAAAUGUAGUGAAAUUGUUUUAUUUUAAGGUAGUGUAUUGUACAUUCCUCUUACUAUACAAGUAUUUAUGUACAACGCGGUUAAUGUCACGAUAUCGGAAUACGAUUUACGCAAUUUUUUUCGCUAUCGUACAAGUAUGUCAUAUUGAAGGAAUUUAUUUGAUUAUAAUAUAAACUAAAACCCAAA